GUUCCGCACGCAGUUAUUGGUAUUGCCCAGUCUUGCCGCUAGGAGUUGUUAUGGUGUUAUUUUUAAUGGACACGACACGUGCGCGACACGCGACUGCUACAUUUUUUUCAGAGAUUGGUGUGUGUGUGAUGCCAUUUAAGGCUUUGUUAAAUCAUCAGUACUACCAUGUACGCUGUUGUUCGUUUCCUGGACGAUCACGACAAACGGUUACACGUCAUUCACGUGCAUGACAUCGAGAAGUUUGAUCCCAAAGACACCAGCGACUACGACAACCGCUUUGUUUACAGCGCGUACUGGCGAGACCCCGUGGAUGACACAAACACUGGUUUGUACAACACGCAAGUCUUGAUGCUGGCAGAAAGCGAAGAUGACGCCCGCGCGAAAAUGCGGGCCAAGAGGUUGGUGAUACCAAAAAUACCUAUGCAAGAAACGACGUCAGAUGAUGAUCCUGAUGAGCUCGUGGAGUCCCAAACAAAAAGAAAAAAGGCUGAAAGAAAGAAACAAAAGAACGACAGAGCAAAUGCUAAAAAAAACAUGUAUGACGAAAUUCUUAAAAAGAAUCUGGAAAAAGCGCACUCUGGGCGUAAACCUAGAGCACAGCCAAGGAAAGGGACAGACACUCCGUCGGACAGCGGGUCCUCCGAUAGUGAUGAAUUGUGCCCAAAAAGUGAAAUUCUUCAAAUGAAGAAGAAGAAAGACGUGUGGAAGGCGAGAACGAAGGCGCUGGUGGUUAAAGAGCUUGAGAAGGACAGAGACAUGUGGAAAUUGCGUGCUGAGGAGCUGCAGCACGACAACCAGUUUCUAAAGCAGCAGGUUGCAAGCCUGCAGAGAUCCCUUGAAAGCAAGCUUUUCAAGCUUGCAGUAGAACAAGACCGGGUGCCUUGCAGUCGGGGCAUGUUGUCAGCACAUUCUGAGACAGAUGAAGGAGAAAGCUUCGUCGGAAGUGAGUACUUUGCUUCUUUUAUAAUACUUCCCUGCAUUUCAAAACUGGAGUGACAGUUACUGUCACUAUAUCU